GGAAUCUUUUAUGUCACGUGACCUAAGAUGGUCGAAUUUCUCUAAAACGAGCACGUGGGAAUUUAAGUAGAAAGUACUCAGAGGUAUGUAAAUAAAUAAACAAAUAAUAUUAAUAUUAAUAAAUUGCUAAUCUUUUCUAUCCAAAGAACAACUUUACAUAUCCCUUCCUGUCUUCAUCAGAGUUUAUUUUGCUGAGCGAUAAUACCUUAACUGUUCCAUUUCAAAGUUAUGGGGAAAUCAAAGACUAAGAAACAUUCGAAAGAUGACUCGCUUAAGGUGUUUAAGUCCAAAUUCAAGAAAUAGUUUUAAAAUUUAUUUAUUUCAGGAAACUAUGAAAGCAGUCACUUCUUUUGAAAAAAGAAGAAGUAAAAAAUUCCGAGAUAGUUCGUCCGAUUCUGACGAGAGAAAUGAAAUCUUAACUCAAUCGAGUCAAAAGAGGAAGCGAAAAUCUUCAAGCUCAUCCUCUUCAGAAGACGAAAAGCCAAAAAUGAAAAAGCCCGCAAUUUUUACGGUGUCUAUGAAUAAGAAAAGAUCAAAGAAGCAAGCAUCCUUAUUUAAAAACUCGUCGGAUUCGAGUUCAGAUGAAGAAUUUCCUGAGGCUAUUAAGUCCUCGAAGCAACUCUUCCCUGACAAAUCUAAGAAGAAAAAGAAGUCGUCUAGUUCGAGUUCGGAUAGCAGUGAUGAUAAUUUAAAGAAAUUUAAGACUAAAUCACCUCAGAAACCGAAAUCUUCUAAGUCAUUUGCGGAGUCCAGUGAUGAUGAUAGUGAUAGCAAAGAAGACGAGAGAUUGAAGAUGAAGAAAGCUCAUAAACAAGUUAUUAUAACAGGAAAGCCUCGAAAAUCGUUCAAUGACUCUGAUUCUAGCAGCGACGAAAAUGAAAAACCGAAUAGAGAGCAAGAAACUCCAUCCAGAAAUUCGAAAAUUUUUAAGUCAUCUUUCAGUAAAGGACGAAAGCAGGAAUCGUCUGACUCUGAUUUAGAAAUCGUUCAAAAGAGUAAAGUUCAACAUUCAUCUUCAGCCAGUGGUAGCGAUAGCAGUGGUGACGAUAGAGGUGCUAGCUCAAAGAAGGUUUCCAAGGUUGUUACAAAACUCGAGAAUAUUUCGAAAUCGUCUUCGACAAGUCCCAAAAAGAAGGUGUCACCCAUAAAGUCAAAAAAAGAGGAGGAAACAUCUUCAGAUUCAGAAUCCGAUGAGAAAUCGGUCAAUAAGUCUAAAUUGACAACACCAGACGAAGUAUCCGAUUCCCCUGAUUCUUCCGAGGAGGAAAAACAUGUAUCUUUUCUUGAAACGAAAGAAAUGAAAGAGAAAAGUAUGCCAGCUAAAAAAGAGACUAAAGAAAAGAAAGCCAGUCCGAAGAAAUUGAAAGAUAGUAACUUCAAUUCACCUAAAGUAAAACCGAAAUCAACGGGAUCGGGUACACCAGAUAUUUCCAAAAAGAAAAUGAUUGCUCUACAAAAACAAACAAUGCACUUCUAUGAAGAGGAUAAACCUAUGGCUGUUGCGGAAGAUGUUCACUUUUCUGAAGUUAUGAAGCCAACAGCCAGCUCAGGAAAAACUUUGCUAUGUAUAAGUCUUCCCAAAGGAUUUGAUGUUCGCGUUCUCAAUGGUCAAACUUUACAUCUUCCUGGCAGAGACGUUAUUGAUGAGAAAAAGCAUACAACGAAAAAAUUACCAGGAAGUAAUUGGCAGUUCGAUGUCAUACCUCUAAAGCCCACGGAAGCUCCAAAUGUUUUAGUGAAAAAUAAGAAAGAUCCCGGAUUUACUAUAACACCCCCUAUAAGUUAUUUAGUAGAUGUCCGUAAGAAACUCACUGAGAGAACUAAAACUACCGCAGAUAAACCGCAGCCCAAAAAGACCAAGAAAGAAGUUCCCAAAGAUUUGAAGAUGAGAAAUGUGGUCAACGAAAAGGAAAGCAAUAGUCCCAAAAAUAAAAGAGAUUUUGUGUCAUCAACCCCAAUAAAUGGAAAGGCUGCUAAUAAACCGGAUGAAGAAAUUUUGAAGCUGUCUUCUAUUGGCAAAAGCAAAAUAUCGUAUCCUUCUGAAGAUGAAGACGAAGUAAUCUCGAAAAAGGAGAAGAAAAAGAAGAAAAAAGCAAAGGAAAGCAUUUCCAGUAAUUAG